AUGCAGCAAAUUUACCCACGUUUCGGUGGUUACGGUUCCUCAGUAUCUACCGCUUGGGGACACCCUGACGUCGGUGGUUACGGUUCCUCGGUAUCUACCGCUUGGGGACACCCUGACGGUACGUACCAAGUCGGUGGUUACGGUUCCUCGGUAUUUGCUGCUUGGGAACACCCUGACACGGUUUGCAUCGCGUCGGUGGUUACGGUUCCUCAGUAUCUACCGCUUAGGGACGCCCUGAUACUUUCGGCGCCAAAGAGUCAAGGCUGCUCUCCUAUUAGCCUGGCGCACAAUAUAGCGGUUCCAAUCGAAAUACUUGGGCUGGAGAACCUCCUUACGGAGAGAGUAUAUAUAAAGUGGGCUGAUGAGGACGGCUGUUGGACACUAGGUUCUUGCAUGCCUGGCAACAAAAAGAAUGUCGAAAUUAUUAUGAAAGUGGUCUGCAAUUCUAAGUCUAAACGAGAUGUUCAUAUACAGUUCUCAAUCAAGGUGACCAUCAAGAUUUCUGGCAAGCGUCAUUACAUGUAUAUGUUAUUAGCUGUUCCACCACAUGGUGACUUUGAAUACGCCUCAGAGGAUCUUUCGAUACAGAAGCUUAAUGAUUUAUCUCAUCUUGAUGCAUCCGCUCUUCACGAAGCCGGUAUAAGCAAUUUAGAGCGUAUUAUUGUUUUAAAUUUUGAUAUUCGAUUCGCGGGAUUUGUGGUUCAAAAAGAGAAGGAAUCUACGACUAUCUUGAACUGGACGCAUUUUAAACAUAAGGAACCUCGGGAUCAACCACCGCCACGAUACACCGCCAAAGAUACACAGAGGCCGGCGGAAGUGCAGGUUCCCCGUUCACCAUUGAUCGCAUACAUAGAUACAAAGUCAUCACCCAGAAUAGACGAAGCUAUUAUUCCAGUAACACCGAGUCCUGUGCCGGUGUGCCACGGUAUUUUCUCGCCUAACCCUGAAGAACUGUCAGAUGUCGGAGAAGACUCGCACCUUGAUGAUUACAAGGAUUCAGGACGUAUUGAAACAUGCCUUGAAAUGGAGGUGAACUCGGAUGAGGAAUACCUCGCCAAGUCCAAUGCUCGAGAACUGGAUGAAGAAUACCUCACCGAUAUUCGAGAAACAAGCCAACAACCCAGACAAGACGCUACCUCGGAGGCACUUGGGUCAGAAUUUAGGGAGUGGCUGAAUGCAGCAGCAAAACUAAAUCCAAAUGUUCUAGAACAUAGAGGACUGACUUCCAAAUUACUUACUCUUGGUGAAAGUGUCCGUGAGUCUGAUAUUGCAAAGUUCGAUGCUAUCAGACCCUGGUGCUCUGCGCUGUUGUUCUACAACCCGACGGAUUCAAGCAGCACCUCCGAGUUGCAAGAUUCGAUGCAUCGAUUGCUUGUCUCAGAUAUGGCUGGGCUCAUCAAGUCAAUCAACACAUUUCAACGUGGUGCUGAAAUGACUUUUCUGAUGGAAGAUUUUUUAAAACUAGGUAGUGCUGCUCGUGCAGGUAAUAAGGAGCAGUAUACAUGUUGUAAAGUUGAAUGUCAAUUUCGGAUAUUGGUCAACGAGAAGAGCAGGAAAGGCUUGUCCAGGAAAAGGAAUAUUUCGGAAAUUGAUAGAAAUGUGCAUAAACGAAUCAGAACAGCGGCGUAA